AAAGUUUGUUUGGGUUUCACUGUAAGGUAUAGAUUGAACCAUUCAGUGUGGGUUUAAGGCUCUUGGAUUGGAUAAAAUUGGGAUCACAGGUUACUGACGGGUAAGGGUGUGGAAUUUGCACAAGUUACGGGUCAGGUGAUUCCUAAUUUUGGGGGGUGUCAAGACUUAAACACAUUGAUUGGGGAGAAAGAGGGUUAUUAAGUGAAUACUUACAGUGGGUUAGCAUACAGUAAAUUUGGGGUAUUUUUCAUAGCAAAGUCAAAUCCUUAAUUUUACGGGUGCGGUUAAUAUUAUUUCUCAUUAAUUAAAACAUUUUGAGUGUAAUAUUGGAAUUGUUCGUUUGAUGGCAUCUGAACUUGUCAUUGACGGACUGAAAAGGGACAGUGACGUUCAUUUCAUUAAAGCGCAACAGCUUGUUGUGCUAAUUGAUUUGAUUUUCAGGCGCUGUGGUAGGUAAGACUGUUUAUUGUUUACCUGUUCUGUUUGCGGUUUUGCAAUCAGGGUUUUCUGUGCAUUUGGUACAUUAAUGCACAGGAAGGGUCUAAACGCCCUUGUUAAGUAGUUGUGGGUUUGGGGUAAGUCAAACCCGCAUGACUGGUUUUGUUGGCGUGAUUAAUCGUGCUCUAAGUUUUAACGUGCAUGCUUACUCACAAUUUAAUUUAAUUGCAUGGUUAUUGAAAUUCAAAGUUUUCAGGUACAUCUGUUGACUUGUUCCAAUUGUUAACCCUUGUUGUUGACAUUUGCACUGGUUUCUAUGGUGGGCUGUUAGUGUCUAAACUCAUGUAAACAAUUCUAUGUGGUACCAAUAGUGUAAUAUUGGGGAAUCUAUGGUGGGCCAUAGUGUCAUAUUUUAUGUGUACAUGUUAAUGGUGUACUGGGUUAUUUUGUAUGGUGGGCUAUGAGGGUCAUAAAUACUGUGUACCUUUGUAUAGUGGGCCAUAGAUAUUGUUUACUGUUUGUGUCAUUUGAGUUAAAAUCUAGAAUAACGGUUAAGGGUGUUAUAAUUAGAAGGAUUAAAUGGGUAUUGAGUGGGAUUGAUGAGUGUAUUAUAAAUCUAAUUUAAUACCGGGUUAUUCUAACAUGUCAGUACGCGUAAAAUAUGCUGAUGUGAAAGGAUUGAUGUCUUUGCCGGGUGUGUCUGAAAGGCAGGCAUGGAACAUUGUCCAGAAACAGCAGAAACAUGGUUAUCUUGACAUGAAUAUGUUGAGUGAAGACGAGGCAGACGAUGAGGAAAGGAUUGCGGGCUUCACUUUGUCCCAUCCAUUCCCGAUGGAUCCAGCAGCAGUUGGAUAUCCUAAGAAAGAGGAAACUACUAAACUAAGGAGUUCAGUUGCCAGGGAUAGAAAAAGUUGCAACCGCCGUUCAAGAGCUAGAGAGGAGGGCCGCGAUAGUCUAGAAAGGCGUCACUUCUCGCGGGACAGGAGCUACUCCCCAAGAAGGUCUUACCAGUCUCCAUCUAGAAGUCGCGAUGGUAAACAUGAAUACCAUUACAGGAAGCGGAGUAGUUUGCAUGAUCGCUCGCCAGAAGACUACCGGAGGAGGUCAUCCGGUGGAAGACGUCGACAUGGGUCGCGGGACAGAGAGAGUGACAGGGAUCACUACAGACGGCGCCAUGAUCAUCAUAGUGGUCACCAUCGCAGGUCCAAGUUUUUUUACUCCGAUAGUGACUCGGACUCCGAUGAAAAGUAUCGGACACUGAGGGGAAGAGAAGAGAAAAGGGGAAAUCCAGAUAAGCUCCCCAAGAACUUAAGGUAUGAUGGAAAGUCUUAUUGGCUUUCUUUCAAACAGAAGUUUGACAGCUACAGAAGUGUUAACUCAUGGACUGAUAGUGAGUGUAGAGACUACCUAAAUUGGUGUCUUAAAGGAAAGGCACUGGAUUUCUUCACUAUCACGACACAGAUGGGUGAUAUGUUUUCCUUUUCCGAAAUCAUGAGGAAAAUGGAGGCUCGUUUUGGUGCCAAAGAGCUGUCGGAAACUGCUAGAGUCAAGUUCCAGCAGGCCACACAGAAUGCCGGAGAGUCCUUGGAGGAUUGGGCUGACAGAGUGCUGACCUUGGCAAUACCAGCUUUCCGAAAACUGCCAGAAAAGCAUAACAUGCAGGAGGCCAUUUCAAAGUUUUGCCAGGGCUGUGUGGACAAGGAGGCAGGGAAGCAUGCUUGCUUUGGGCGUCCUCAUUCGAUGAAAAAGGCCAUUGACCUUGUACGACAUCAUCAAUAUGUUACACAGGCGGUGGAUGGUACCGGAAUGUCCGAUUCGUAUGCAGUGACGGCAGUGUCAGGGGAAGAAGACAGGUUACAACGACUGGAGAGGAUGGUCGAAUGUUUAACAUCAACAGUGCUGACAUGUUCGCAGCCAAGUCGAUCUGGGUCAGACAAAAGGUGUUACAAAUGCGGUGAGGUUGGCCAUUUUCGGAAGGAUUGUCAAACGCAACAAGACGAUAAGAUAAAGAAGGGGCGAGAGUCAGGAAAAGGCCAGAGUCCUUUAAACUCAAGAAGAGCAUUUGACAUUGGUCGAACCAGUCCGCCCAAGAAAGUAAAGGGUCAACACACCAGCGUAUUCUCUGUUUGUAGGGUUUCUCUAGUGUCGAGCAAGAAUACGGAAGAAUGUCUUGAGGUAGGGGCUUAUAGUCCUCCUCAAGUGCAUUCGGUUCCUGAGUUCUCUUAUCCAGUUCCGGAUGUGGGUUUCUCUUCUCCAGUGUUGAUUAGAAAUAAUAAGGAAAAAUGUCUUGAGGAAGGGGCUUAUUGCUCUCCUCAAGUGCAUUCGGGCCCUGAGAUUUCUAUUGAAGUUCUGGUGGACAAUAAUAAGGAAGAAUCUCUCGAAGAAGUGGCUUAUUGCUCUCCUCAAGUGAAUUUAGUUCCUGAGAUUUUAACUCCAGUUCUGGAUGUCAAACAGAAGCUUUCAAAGAAAGAUGGUUAUAGUUGUGAACAGGCUACUGAUGUAAUAUGUUCUACAAUCAGUGAAGGUGAAUUGCGUCGUUACCAGUUUGACAGCGAAAAUGUGGAGAUAGCUAUCACUUUAAAGGAAGAGUAUUUACAGUCAAUUGUUGGUAUGAAUGACGAACAUUGUGAUUUUCAGGAUGAUUGUACCCAAGAUGAGCAUUACCUUGGAAAUUUCUCUGACAUUGAACACUCAAUUUACACAGGAAGUGCCAAACCAGUUAAGCCCAGGAUUCGAAGGACUCCUGCUUGCUUGGCUGGGGAAGAAGAGCACCUGGAAAGAAUACUAGAUGCUGGUGUUGUAACAGAGUCGACAAGUGAAUGGGUGUCAGAACCAGUUCUGAUAAGGAAGCGCGAGGGUACAGACCGCUGGUGUAUUGACCGUUGUGCGUUGAACAAUGUGACUGUGAAGGAUACCUUUCCACUACCCAUUGUGGAGGAUUGUUGGUAUACGCUGUCAGGGAACAUUCAAAGUGGCGAUAGGCUGCACUCAGGUGGGUUUACCUUACUCCCUGAGUUGGACCGUACCUCUGGAGGGUUUCCUUUACUCCCGGAGUCCAAGGAUGCAUCAGGUGGGUUUCCUUUACUCUCUGAUGGCAGUAGAUGUCCAUUAUCCAUGGAUGUCAUCUUUGUCUGGGAUCCUGGUGGGAAACAGGCAACGGGACCAUCAACGUAGUCUGGUCAGACAAAAGGGCUUUCUUGUUUGGUCUGCCAUACUCUAGGUCAUGGUGAUACCAGUUGGAAUAGAGGGCUUACUUGUCCCGGACAACUGGAUUACAACAGAGUGUAUACUGUCAAAGUGGAGGGUCCUUUGAAAAAUGGACCCUAUUUUAAGUGGUUCACUCGUUUGUGAAGACGCUGGAGCAUGUACUGUGUUUGUGUCAGAUGUAACAGACAGUGGCAAGUCGCAGUGCUGGGGUUUCUCCUAAGAAGAGUUGGAAAAGGCUCAAGAGGAAGAUGGAGGGCAGUUGUUGAUUGCAAGUCCAAAGGUGAAGUUUUCUGGAUCAACAACGAAUGUUUUAGACUGGUGUACGCGUUCAAGUCGAAGGAGGGCUCAGGUGAUUAGGAAUUGGUUAUUCCGGAGAUCCCUAAAGCGACGGUUAUUGAACUCCAUCAUGUCAUUCCUUCAUCGGGUCACCUGGUAUCAUGGUUCUUGUGUGAAUGUUUCACCGACUGACGCACUGGACAUAGACAAGUACAGAUGCACUUUGUGUAGGCACAAUAUCUAAUGCUGUUAAUUUUCUCUGUUUUAGGGCUUCUUUGCUCAAUGAGAGGAAAAUUAUUCAGCUAAUGCAGGAGCAUUUGUAUGGGCUUCAUUGUCCAACAAAUAGCAUUGGUGCAUUGGAGGGAGCAAGAAUUUGUUGGGCUUCUUUGUUCACUAAUGAAAAUAUGUUUCCUGGAAAGAUUCAUGACAUUUGUUAGGGCUUUGUUGCUCAACAAACUAUGAAAAGGCUAUUAGUCACCCUACCCCACCUCUGGCUGGAAACUUUUUAGUUAAAGUGGGGAGGAGUGUUGUGAUUUAUGGGUUUGGUAGAAUGUAACCGUGAGCGAUUAUUAUGGGUGUGUAAUAUUGCAGCACAUUAAUCCGGGAAUCUCUCUCUUUCUGGCAGGAAUUCAUUGAGAUUAGACGUUGAUUACUAACAGUUCUUUUAUUAACCUUAUUUGCGGGAUCACUCAGUUUACUCUGUUACGUUCAUUGUUACUAGUUAAUAGUUUACAGUUCUAAAUACUUAGUUUCUAGCAAACUCUAAGGAAUAGAGUAAAGAAAUCACUUCAAUCAUCACGAUUAAGUUUUGGCGUAUCUGCAUGUUUAUUUAGCGACUGAAGACAAUAACGAUUGCUUUCACUGAAAUAUUGUUUCAAGGAAUCUGAUUGUGCUAUAGACGUCUAUUUUGGAUUUAAGGCGUUAUUAUUUUCGACUGACCUACUUUCGCUAGGUCGAUCUACACAAUACUUUUUACUCAAACCAAACUGAAAUGAAAACUGCUGGUGGUAGUACCCUAGUAUGGUUAGCAACAAUUGUACUUUAAGACCGGGAUUUCUUUACCAGAGUAUCGUAUCGAUAUAUUCAUUUGUCAAUGUUUCUCUUGUUUCAUGUUUCGUCCUCUAGCCUUUCGUCCUUUGUUUUUUAAGAAAAGCAUUUUAACAAAUUUCAUCAAACUUCUAAUUUGCCAAAUCUUUAGAUAUUUUUCCAUACCCCACUAUUUUAAUGUUUCGUUUUUACCUACUCUACUGUAAACACAAUAAAAUCAAAAUAAAGCAUAAACACAAACAAAUUUAAUCAAAGAAACUAGGCUAUUAACAAAUCACAAAAAAUCCUACCAUAUAAGUUAUGCUUGGGCGAGUAGUUAUAUAUGUGGGGCGAAUCCUUAUAUAAUAAGGGGCGAGUUUAUAUGGGGCGAGUCGUUCCCUAUCUGGCUACAUUACUAGUUCUUUAUGAAUGCUCUGAGCUUGUAUGGGUGCAUACGGAGUGUCAAUAGCUGUGAGUAACUAUUUCACAACUGUGUUUAUAUUGUUUCUAAUAUUUCACAUUUUCGAUUAAAUGACCCACAGCCUUUUCACAAAAUGACCAGGCUAGGGCAUCUUCACAAAUUUUGGUGAAAAACCCAUGCAGUCCCAUAAUACACUGCUUUUUAUAUCCCCCACCAACAAGGAUAUGUGAAUCGCAGCCAUCCGUCCGUUCCAAUUGUGUCCGGAGCAUAACUUCAUCAUUUAUAAAACCAGUUUUAUUAAACUUGCUACAAAUGUUCCCCAUCAUUAGAUUAUGUGUUACCCUUAAUUACCAGGUCCCUGGCCACAUCCAAGGUCAAGGUUACACUUAUAGGUCAAAUGUCUAUGCGGUCAAAUGUUUCCAUCCAGUUCAUGUCCAUAGCAUAACUUCAUUUAUUAAUAUUAAGCCAAUUUCAUUAAACUUGCUGCGAAUGUUCCCCAUUGUUAGAUGGUGUAUCGCGCUAAACAACCAGACACUACCUCCAAGGUGAAGGUCACACUUAGGUAAAGCGUCUUUAUAUGGUACAAUGUUUCCAUCCAGUUCGUGUCCAGAACAUGAUGUUGUCAUUUAUUAGGUGAAUUUCAUUUAACUUGGCACAAACAUUCGGCACCAUUAUUCAAUGUGUCUUGCUUAAAGGGUUUCCUGCCUCCAAGGUAAAGGUCACACUUAUAUGUCAAAUGUCCAUAAUGUUCUACACUUAUUUAUGUCAAGAGCAUAAUUUUGUUAUUUUUAGCUUUUGUCCGUCGUGCGUCGUCCAUCAUCAACAUUUUGCCUUGUGAACACUCUAGAGGCCACAUUUAUUGUCUGAUCUUCAUGAAAUUUGGUCAGAACAUUUGUCCCAUUGAUACCUCGACUGAGUUUUAAACUGGGUCUUGCUGGGUCAAAAACUAGGUCACUAGGUCAAAAAAAAAGAAAAACCUUGUGAACACUGUAGAAGUCACAUUUGAUGCCCAAUCUUCAUGUAACUUUGUCAAAAUGUUUGUCUAAAUGAUAUGUUGGUUGAGUUCAAAAAUGGUUCCGGCCCAUUAAAAAAAAAACAUGGCUGCCAGGGGGCAGGGCAGUAUUUCUAAUAUGGCUAUAGAGAAACCUUAUGAACACUCUAGAAGUCACAAUUUUUGCCCAAUCAUCAUGAAACUUGAUCAAAACAUUGGUUGCAUUGAUAUCUCGGACGAGUUCGAAAAUGGUCCAGAUCGGUGAAAAAACAUGGCCGCCAGGGGGCGGGGCAGUUUUCCUUAUAUGGCUAUGGUAAAACCUUGUUAACACUCUAGAGGCCACAUUUAUUGUCCAAUCUUCAUGAAAUUUGGUCAGAAGAUUGGUCUGUAUGAUAUCUUGGAUGAGUUUGAAAAUGGUUGACUUACGUUUGCCUGAAAAACAUGGCAGGCUGCCAAGGGGCAUUUUUCCUUAUAUGGCCAUAUAUGGCUAUAGUAAAACCUUGUAAACACUAUAGAAGCCACAUUUAUUGUCCAUUCUUAAUGAAAUUUGGUCAGAAGAUUGGUCGCAAUGAUAUCUUGAAUGUGUUCAAAAAUCGUUAAGUUGGCUUGAAAAACAUGGUUGCCAAGGGGCGGGGCAUUUUUCCUAAUAUGGCUAUAGUAAAAUCUUGUUAACACUCUAGAGGCCACAUUUAUUGUCAGAUCUUCAUGAAACUUGGUCAGAAGAUUCAUCCCAAUAAUAGCUUGGACGAGUUCAAAAAUGAUGCAGAUUGGUUGAAAAACAUGGCCGCAAGGGGGGCGGGGCAUUUGUCCUUAUAUGGCUAUAGUAAAACCUUGUUAACAUUCUAGAGGCCACAUUUAUUUUCCGAUCUUCAUGAAACUUGUUCAGAAGAUUUGUCCUAAUGAUAUCUUGGAUGAGUUCGAAAAUGGUUUCGGUUGCUUAAAAAAUAUGGCCACCAGGGGGCGGGGCAUUUUUCCUAAUAUGGCUACCGUACAUUCGCGGCCAUAAGUCUACCUCGGCCAUAAGUCGAGGGGUAUAAUGUGGCUAGAAAAACUUGGUUUUUUGCCUUGACUCUGCCAUAAGUCGGGGGGUAAAUUUCCUCAAUAUCUCAGACAUGUUUAAGUGACGUUUUAGUCAUGGUUCUGAGGGCUUUUGCACUGGCAGUUGACAUUUUUUGGGAUAUUAAUAAUAAGAAUAUAUUUAAAACGAAACAUUCAACGUUUCAAUUAUUUAUUAUCACGAAAAAUAUAUUUUAUUGUUCAAAAUCAUAAUAACAUAUCAUUGAUUAUUUCGAACUUAAUAUAUAUAUUUCACAAAUCAAAAUUAGUUUCCCAUUUAACGUAAUAACUUUCAGCGUGUAUUAUGAGCAGAUAUUUUUGUAUUCAAAUAUUAGUGCUAUUGAUGUGAAAAUUCGUUAAAAUCUUGAACGCAGAAAUUCAUUAUAUGGUCAAAAUAAUUGUAACUUGCUCUCAAAUAAUCAAAAACGCUUUCGCCAUUUUGCAUGAAACACGUGAAUUUACCAACACUCGCAUCGCUUGCUAUUCGGCUGUUAUAUACAUAUUCGUAAAUCACGAGAUACCCGAGGAAUAUUUUCUGCAUUCUGGAAAAACGUCUUAUCUAAUAAUACUAAGCCGCUAAUCGAAAGCAAUUGUGUUUUUAAUAUGUCCAAUUACACUUUUGAAUAAUCCAGGGUGAGUGCGUUAUAUUAUUAUAAUCAAACAAUGAAUGAAAUCUUCACUCAAAUAAGAUCUAUUUAUUUACGAAACGAUUAUGCAUAAAUUGUGGGACAGUUGUGAAUAAAUCAACGAUUAAACCACACCUUCAUCCAAUCAAAAAAUAUACCAUGUGAAGUUGAACAAUAGCGAUUGGUUAAAGGCGUAUCUAACGAUAGAGUAAUUAUUUUUGAUUGGUCAGAAGUAGUUUGUAGAAGAACCGUUGUGCAUAUCAUUAACGGAUAACUAUUUAAGGCGUUACGCGAUAAAGACAAAUGAUCAAAAGGAUGCCAACACUACACUUUACACUUUGAUCUUAGUCAAAAGGCUGAGAAGCGAUAAUUGGUGGCAUAAAGACACCUGCACCUGUUGACAGUUUGUAUUUAAACGGAUUAACUUUAAAUGGGUACAAGUGUCAGCAGUCGAUUUUCUAUUGUUCUUAGCAGACAACGGACGAUGUAUCAAUAGACAAAUUGCUAUGUAUAAAUUUCGCCACUUUACCGUACGUCACAAAUGUUAAUAUUUUUGAAGUUAUUUUUACAUGUUUUUAUUUGGACUUAUUAUUACGAAGAUUAAUGAAUUAAAAACCAAUGUAAACAUGCAGUAUUUUGUUAUCGGCGGACAUUUAAGUAAUAGACGAGUCGGCCUUACCGUAAACAGUCAUCAUUCCUCCGCUUCGGAGAUUUAUUACUUUGAAAAAAAAACGGCACAGAAAUAUGUUUUUUUUAGUACCUCAUCCAUAAGUCGAGUUGACUUUUAAAGUCAAUUUUGGGAGCGUUUUUAGGUCGACUUAUGGCCGCAAAUUUACGGUAUAUA